AUUGCAGUAGUCCAUAACACACUUGAAGAAGACCUUAUCUGUGACAAACACCUUUACAGUAAAUACUGGUGCAAGCGUGAACCCAUACCAUGGCCCUUCGCCAAGCUGUGCGCGUGCCCGGCGCUGGGCUGCGCAUGUCUGCUGUCGCCCCUGUGCGCCCUGUUCGCUCUGUGCUUGCUCGCGCGGAGCCUCCGUCGGGCGCCAAGGUGACUCGCGAGUACCGCGAGGACACAGGCGAGGUCACCGCGCCCGGCGCUUCGCAGACCACUCGUCGGGAGUCUGAUGGCCUUUAUGUGAACGCCGACGGACCCCGCCCGGUCCCCCGCAAGGACAACAUGAGCAAGGAGAUGAAGGCGCGCCUGCGCCAGGAGUACACCGGCCUGGGCGGCGCUGAGAACAAGGCGGUCGAGGAGGAGGAGGAGGAGGACGACUUCACGCUGCCCAUGCCGCCCCGUAUGCGCCCGGUCAUCGCGGCCGCCGCCGUGGAGACCGUGGAGGCCCCCGCCGCCGCUUCCGCCGCUGCCGUGCCUGCGGCUGAGCCUGCCGCCCCGGCCCCGGCUGCUGUUGCGGCUGCUGUUGCGGCUCCUGCCGCCGGUGACUUCACCGCCCGCCCCGCCGGCGCCACUGUGACGGGUGCGCAGGCAUCCACCUCGGAGCCCGCCACUGCGCCGCCGAAGACCCACAGCAGCAAGUUUGUUGUGGAUGAGAAUGAGAACCUGAAGUCCACUCCCGAGAUGCGCGCCUGGACUUGGGUGUCCAUCUCCAUGAUGGGAGCCACCUUUGCGGAAGCCCUCAACAAGGUGAACGGCUUUGAUGACGCCGUAUCACUGGGUGCGGCCGUGUUCCUGGCCUACGUCAUGGCGGACUUGGGCACAGGCGUGUACCACUGGGGUGUGGACAACUACGGCGACGGCAACACGCCCGUGUUCGGCCGCCAGAUCGCCGCAUUCCAGGGCCACCACCAGCGGCCCUGGACCAUCACGCAGCGCGAGUUCGCAAACAACCUGCACCAGGUGUUCCAGCCCGCCGCCUACCCCGCCGCCGGCCUGCUGGCCAUCUGCCCCGCCAUGUCUGUGGGCUGGGACGCCUGGGCCUCCAGCUUCCUGUUCCUGGUGUGCAUGAGCCAGCAGUUCCACGCCUGGAGCCACAUGAAGAAGAGCGAGCUCAGCCCAGUCGUGGUGGCGCUGCAGGACGCCGGUGUGCUGAUCAGCCGCAAGCAGCACGGCGCACACCACCGCGCCCCUUUUGAGGGCAACUACUGCAUCGUCAGCGGCUGGUGGAACGGCAUCCUGGACAAGUCCCGCUUCUUCCGCAAGGCCGAGAAGUUCAUCUUCGACUACACCGGCAUUGAGCCGCGCUGCUGGGAGAUGCCGACUGAGGACUGGAAGGAGCUGGAGCGCCCUGGCGCCAGCACCUCGGCCUAAAGGCCGCGCCGGCGCUAUCGCCAAAUGGAGGGAGGGCUGGAUGGGCGGGCAUGCAGCUAGCACACCCGGCCGCGCCUGCAGCUACAAGCCUUAUUGCAGGCGAGCAAGACGAUGCUGCGGUGAGCUCCAUGCGGCUACGCGCACGGGCCGUUGUGACGGAGAGGAGGCAGGAGGGCUGGCGAGCUGCCGGUUGGCGGAGAUCCGAGACGGGUGUGCUAUGAGCGAAGAUGUUUCCCUGUGUGACUAGAGUUCUCUCGCACACGCCUGUCUAUAUGUUAGUCUGAGGGUGUGCGUUUUGCCUGUGCAAGUGACGGAGUGUGGCCAUGAGCUGUGAGUCUGCAACACAGUCUAAAGCAGGGCCGGCCUGGAGGAGUUUUGUGACCGAGCUGGAGGGGAGUGAGCAAUCUUAAGCACGAGCGACUGAGUGUGGCUGUGUGCGGCAUGGUCCUAUUGAGGCCGAUGACAAAACUAGAGUGGAUGUUACCUAGUGCAAUGAGAGUUGUGAGAGUAGGAGAGAUCGCGGCCCCCAGGGUGCACCGCUGGGGCCGCAAUACCGUACACGCAUUUUUUUUAUGGUUGAGGGGAAGAGUGGGGGCCAGGCUCCAAAGGAACAAGUUUAUCAGGCAGGAAUGGUCCGAGUGCAGACGUGAUUACAGCCGUAGGGUAGUCGAGGCAUGCGUGGUGGAGAAAUGAGGCACCUGAGAAGAUGUGCGGGUGGUGGAUGUGUGAGGUUCACAUGAGGUUUUGGUAUGAGUGCUGGUACGAGGUUGAGCCGCUUUUAGGGUGCACCGACAGGCUACAGCCUCGCUUACGUGGGCUUGCACCGGGCUGUGUGUAAUGCAGCGCAGAC